AAAGCCCAGUCGCUUGCUGUCUGAAGCGGCAGCGAGCGGAGUUGGGCAAGAGGCUUCCGUCUCUGGGCUGCGGAAACUACUAUCAGAAAGCCAGCAAUCUCUCUUGGCAGCAGACUCGUGAACGGCGGCAGUGAUCUGGGAAAGGUGGACGCUUUAUUCGAAGUCUCAGCGCACCUGAAUACAUUUAUUUAAAACAUUUUCAUCUUAUUGAAGGAAAAGGCCUUCGGAGAUGGGCGACAAGGCGGGGACCAGAGUCUUCAAGAAGUCCAGCCCUAACUGCAAGCUCACAGUAUACUUGGGGAAGAGGGACUUUGUGGAUCAUCUAGAUCAAGUGGACCCUGUGGAUGGGGUACUCUUGAUCGAUCCAGAAUACCUUAAAGACAGAAAAGUGUUUGUGACCCUGACAUGUGCCUUCCGCUAUGGUCGUGAGGAUCUGGAUGUUCUGGGCCUGUCCUUCCGAAAAGAUCUCUUCAUUUCCAGUUUCCAGGCGUUUCCCCUUUUGCCCGAGGAACGUAAACCGCUUAGUCGUCUGCAGGAGAGACUGCUGAAGAAGCUCGGACAGAACGCUUACCCUUUCAACUUCACGAUUCCACAGAACCUUCCGUGCUCAGUCACUCUACAGCCAGGCCCAGAGGACACAGGAAAGGCAUGUGGUGUAGACUUUGAAGUCAGGGCAUUCUGUGCCAAAACUGUGGAUGAGAAGACUCACAAACGGAACUCUGUGCGGUUGGUCAUUCGGAAGGUGCAGUAUGCUCCAGAGAAGCCUGGUCCUCAGCCAAUGGUGGAGACCACACGCAGCUUCCUUAUGUCUGAUCGCUCGCUUCACCUUGAGGCCUCGCUAGAUAAAGAGCUCUACUACCAUGGUGAACCUAUCAGUGUAAACGUCCAUGUGACCAACAACUCCACCAAAACAGUCAAACGAGUUAAAAUUUCUGUGCGACAGUAUGCCGAUAUCUGUUUGUUCAGCACUGCACAAUACAAAUGUCCUGUGGCUCAGGUAGAGGCCGAUGACCAGGUGUCACCCAGCUCCACAUUCUGCAAGGUGUAUACACUCACCCCCACGCUGACCAAUAACAGAGAGAAAAGAGGUCUGGCUCUGGAUGGACAGCUAAAGCAUGAAGACACCAACUUGGCCUCCAGUACCAUCGUGAAAGAUGUUUCCAAUAAGGAGGUCCUGGGAAUCCUGGUGUCCUACAGAGUUAAAGUGAAGCUAGUGGUGUCUCGUGGAGGUGAUGUAUCUGUGGAGUUGCCUUUUGUCCUGAUGCACCCCAAGCCCUCAGAACAGCCCAACUCUAGACCACAGUCAGCUGUGCCAGAGACAGACGUCCCUGUGGACGCCAACCUCAUAGAGUUUGAAACAAAUAACAUCUCACAGGAUGAUGACUUUGUGUUUGAGGACUUUGCGAGGCUCAGGCUGAAGGGAAUGAAAGAUGAAGAGGACGACCACUUCUGCUAACCCACCCACCCACACACGCACAAACACACACGCACGCACAUGUUACCAUGAAGAGCAACAGGAAGUGGAACAGGAUUUGAGGUGUCAACCUGCCAGUACUUUCAUCCCUCUGCUCCACGGGGGCUCAUCUGAUGGAGUGGAGCAAUUACUGAUAUUUCAAAGCCUUCUGUCUUCUUUUCCUUCUUUCCUUUACUUUUGUGUCCCUUCCACACCAUUUUAUCAUCUGUGACGUGGUCCGUACAUUGACCUCCGUUUAUGCGGUCGUAUGAGCCACUUCACUCUGGCGCUUAUACAUGUAUGUUGGAUGGAAACAGAUGGAGAAAAGCCGAAGUGAAUUUAGAUGGGUCAUCUAGACAUCAGUCUAUAAGAUUGCUGGUGGGCCAGGGGUCCAUUGAUUCAGGGGUGAAUUUUUAUUUCUUGUCAUUAUAUUCCCACUUAUAUAUCGAGUGGGUACUACUAGCUAUGUAAUGAAGAUAUAUAUAUAUGUUUCAUGUUAUUUCAUUGUACAGUACAUGCACUGUUCGCAAACACCAUAGGGAACUUGAGUUUGGUGUUCAUUUUAUUCCACGUACUUAGACCCGUAAUCCAAUCCAUCCAUAUUUGCUAAUUGGCUUUAUGUUAUAGUUAUGUCAACGUAUACAUAUCAUAAACAUUUGUAGUAACACUUUAUGUGCACUUGUAGUGCACGCAAUAUUCAAAUAAUUAAGGAUGCAGCGUUUUAGCGGAAGUGUAUUCGGCAAAGCGCAUUGGGACACCUGAUUUUAUAUUUUAAAUUUCAGCGUCUAUUUCACAUAUUGAGUUAUAGAAUGUGUAUACACAAGUCUUCAGUGCGAAAUUAGCUUGUAGAUACAACAAGAGGGCAGUACAGACUCUGAGAACUCAUUCAGAUGCCUGUUAUUUCUGUAUUCACAUGCCUGUCAUUUCUGUAUGUGCCACACAAAAUGGACGUUUUCAUUAUUUGUGCCUGCCAAACCUGAUUUUUACCAAAAUGUGACGAUUUCUAAUGUUGCUUAUAAGCUUGGUUAAAAAUGACAUGCUCAUUUCUAGUUUUAGUUUCAGAAACUAUCGAUGGAACCAUUGGACUGCCAGACAUAUUUUAAUGAUGGUUAUUUUAAAGUCUCAUAACACGAUUUCCAGGAAAUUUACUGCGAGGAUCAAGCUUUUUCUUUGAUAUUCUGCAUAGUUUACUACUGAACAGAGGCAAAAUGACAUGUUACAAUGUGUACAGGGAGGUAACAUUUUGCAGUGCACAAAAUGGAGCUCCCGUUGAAGGACAAAAAGCUAUAUCUUAAAUAAAGGUUUGCUUUGUUUAAAGCACCCAAACUAUCAAGUCAAUGAGCAUACUUGCAUUAGAUGCUUUUUUAGGUCUGCAAAACCACAAAUCCCAACAUCGGUAAUCUAAGAUUUUCAUGAAUGUUUUAAAUAAAACUGUAAUGAGUUAUGACUUUAGCUCAUAUGCUUAGAAACAUUACAGCCCUGAGGGCUUCAGAGAACAUCAAAUUGUUGUUGUUUUUUAGAAAAUCCAAUGUUUAUUUUUAUGAGAGCUAGAAAAGAACCUGAUGAAAAUAUGUGUUGUAUAUACUGUAGUUGUCUAUGAAUAUUGUACACGUUAAUGGGUGUCUGACCAUCUGUUUCCAGUAAAGUUAGCUGUAAAAUCUGGAUUACAAGUAUGAUGGUGGUUUUGCUUUCAGGCUAUAGUUUCCUCUGCGCUUUCUAAUGUACAGGAAGUGAUUAGCACAAUGUGCUGUAAGAUAUUCAGAAUUUAAUGGAAAUGAUCACACAAACACACACAUGCAUUUCUACCCGUUUCAAAGUUUUAGAUUUUUACAGAUGAAACCUUUAACUACUCCGAUAGUCCCAUAAUGCUGUAUGUCAUUCAGUAUAGCCCUAUAUUGCGAUUUUAGCAAACAGCAUUAUGAACUUUGUUUAUAAAGCAACAGAGCUGUGAUAAACACUGUGGCACAAGCCAUUAAAUCCUAGUUAUUUUUCUUCAAUAAACAAAGCAUCAGUCAGGUCUAUUGUGGCAAAGAUUAUUGUGAUCAAAUUAUUACAACAGCAUUGUUUGAUAUGCUACAUAUUGGUUGCAUAUAUGUAGAUUUAUGACUUUGUCAAAAUACAGUGCUUUAUUUUAAAAACACAUUGACCUAUGGAAGAGGCCAUCUCCAUUAAUGGUUUCUGCUUGUUUUCUGUCCUGUAGUGGGUGCUUUGCUAGAAAGCCCUGCAUGCUUCUAGAGGUGCCUGCUUUAAGAUUAUUGUACUAUUGUAAUGGAUCUCACUGCAUCUUCAUGUAAAAUUUUGCUUUUGUGAUUUGAAUGGAGCCUGUUGUCCUUUUUAAGCAGACAAGUGUAAACGUUAUUUGCAUAUCGAUUUGGGUUAAAGGAAACCACAGACUCUUGUUCGAUUUCAGAAUAUCAAGACCAAUGCCAGACAUUUUAAAGGAUGAUUUUAAAGCUACUUCUCACUAAUAAAAUUUAUAUUCAGCAAAUAAAAAGCUACCAAAAUGUU